AUGUCUCAAUGCCCAACUGCCAGCACCACUCCCUCCACAGUCUUGGAUUCACAGCCUUCAGGGCUGUUGGAUGCCACCCCCUAUGUCUCCCAGAUUGCAUCUACUGUGUGGCAGAGUCAAGAGCUGCCUCUGUCACAGCUCACUCCCAGGACUCUCAAAAGAAGGUUGGAUCUGGACUCCCAAGAAGAAGGAUCACAGAUAUCCUGCGUGCUUCCCCCCUUGUCCAGGCGUUGGUUAGCAGUGCCCAGCAACAGGGAAGACUUAGAAAAUGGAGGAAGCUCCAUUGUCCCAUCCAUGGCUCCAUUGGAGUCAAGGGAAUCUAUUGUUCCUGCAGCCCCUGAAGGGCAGGAGGACAUUGGGGUUCUUCCCCAAGAAGGAAGGCACUUUUGUUGUAAGGGGAAGUGUUAUCUUCUCACUUAUGCUUGUUAUGUCAAGAGUGAGGAGACAAGGGAAACCUCUUGCCAUGAGGUUAUAAAAGAUCUUGUAGAUCAUCUUCUUACUCUGAGGAGUGGGGAAAAUUCCCUUUUGGAGUAUGCCAUGGGAGUCACUGAGUCCCAUGACCUGAGGGAAGGUGAAUGGCAGCCUGAUUGGCAUUGCCAUGUUAUUGUUUGGGCCAGGACCCUCAUCUCAUCAGAGGCCCUGAACCUAUGGAAGUAUAAGGGAGUUUGCCCAGAGGAGUUCUUAUUAGGCCAGUGCCCUGCAGGGUUGAAGGCUAAGACCAAUCGUAAUGAAGAUUUUGCCUAUGCCAUGGAGGCAGAGGAUGCUGAGGGAUUUUUUGGUUGCUUAAAGGAGCGCCAACCUUGUGAUAUGGCCAUGGGGUAUAACAACCUCAAGGCUUUCACUGGUUACUUCUACAGGGACAAGGGUGCCCUUCCUCAGGGUGUAUGUGAACCCAAGGCCCUUAAGAAGGCUACAGUCAACCUGCCACCUGGUGUUCAGGAGUGGGUUACUUCCAAUAUAUUGGAACGUGACCCUGAAUCUGAUUGUGGUAAGAUCCUUGUUUUGUGGGGUCCCUCAGAGACAGGGAAGUCAGCCCUUGCUUGUUCUUGGGGGCACCACAUUAGGUUCAGGCAGAACCUUAACUCUGAUGAGUUUAGUGACCAUCCUAUGGUUCAGUAUGCAGUGCUGGAUGAUAUGGAUUGGUCCAAGGUUCCUUUGAAGAUGUGGGUGCAGGAAGAUUUCAAUUUCCGCACUAGUUACAGAUCAGAGCGCCAUUGCCAAUGGGGGCGCUCUACUGUUAUAUGUUCCAAUUCUAAGCCUUCUGUAUUUGCUGAUUGUAGUUAUGCCACAGUUGAUGGCAAGAAUUGGAUUGACACCAAUUGUACCUUUGUGUAUAUUGGUGAUAAGCUGUAUUAG